CCGAAAAAAUUUGCAAAAUUCUGUAUUAUGAUUUUACAGUUUCAUCUGAAAUGGCUUUGCUUUUCCACAGUCAAAGUUUUCGUAGAUCUACCCAUAUUUCUGGAUGACCCACACUGUUAGAUAAAUAACACCAUAUUACUCUUCUUUCCAUUGAUUUCCCGUUUUUCGCAGUUCUUUCAGGAAAUUCUGUGUGUUUGUGCUGACUCAUUCAAAGUUUCUUCAAUCUGUAUAUACUUCUUCCAGGUCAGCUAUCGUCUGAGAUACAUAACAGAAAUUGUUUGCCCUUUCUGCUUUCUUCUGUAAUGAAACAACACUCUUCACUUCAAGUUGGUUGUCGUCUAUACUGGCUGCCAUGUAAAUGCUAAAAAUUCUGUCGCAACGUCCUCUCCUCUACUGGAGGACAGGUGCACCUAAUACGAGAGGAGAGGUGAAGUUUUUUUUCGUAACUAACGAGCUUAGAAUCCAGUUUACUUCCGACAAUUCGUCAAAACAAAGACAGACAGAAAGCAGCUGUGUAGUGCAAAACAAGUUUCACGAAGAGGUUUCUGAGCCUCUAGCAAGCUGUGUGUGCUGCAGAAGAGUGGAGAUGAAUUUUCUUUCGUACUUAGCAGCUUAGUGUUGACCUCCGACAACUCGUACAAACAGAGGGAAGGAAGCAGUGCGCUGGAAACGGCGUUUGUCGAAAACAUUUUUACGCCUCAUAGAAGACGUGUUCGUUACUAAAGAGAGCAGUGUUUCAAACAAUAUGUUUGUGUUCAGUUCUGAAAAUUUGUAAUCACAGUGAGUGAGGAGUUUUGUGCUGUGUAGCAGGUUUGUCGGAAAGGUUUCCAAGUCUCUGGAAACAGUGGGUGUUCCUUGAGAGCACAUGUGAAAUCUUUUUAGCAGUUUAGGUGUCAGUUCGCUUCCUAGAGUUCAAGAGACAGAGAAAGAGAGAAUGUGUACUUGAAAUCGAGUUCAUCGAUAAGGCUUGUAUUGUUAAAGAGGCUAGGAGAACUCAUUUCGCACUGGCAGCUAAGGUUACGACUUCCGACAGCUCGUCAAAAUGGACUGGGAAAAAGAGAAUCUGUGAGUUGAAAAUCACCUUUGUCAAGGAGUUACUAAUGCAGAGUGUGCUGCUGCAGAGGGCAGGAGAAGUUCUUUUUGUGCUUCGCGACUUAGGUUCCAGUUCAUUUUCAAGAGAUCCACAAACAGAACAGAGAACGUGAACUGGGUAUAAAGGAAUAGGUUUCUAAGCCUGUGGGAAGUAGAAUGUGUUGCUAGGGAGGGCGGGAGAGUUGUUCUUCUUGCUCGGCAGCGUUCAGGUCCAGUUCACCAAAACAGAGAGGCCGAAGGCGAAGGCUCGAGGCGAGGCAUGGAGGCGGUGCUGGACGCGUACUUCGACGAGGUGUUCCCGCGCGUGGCGCGCGACUACCUGCUGGCGCGCCACCGGCGCAAGCAGCUGGCGGACUACUUUGGUCACGUGGUGGCCGGCUGGUGCCGCGCGGGGGUGGGCGACGGCGAGGGCGGCGCCGGGCCCGUGUCGCCGCAGCUGGGGGCGGCGCGCGCCGUGCGGGCGGCCGUGCGCUUCCACCGCCGCACCAAGGCCGACAACGGCGGCUCCGUCUGCCGCAUGGGCAAGUUCCACAACAUCCUCUACGUGGCGGCCCGCAUGUGCGUCGACUGGCGCGUGCAGGACACGGAGGCGGUGUCGGAGCUGCUCGCCGAGAUCUACGCCUGCGAGCGGACCUUGGAGCGGCUGUUCGCGGGAGCGGUGUUCGGCCCCCGGGCGACGCACUUCAUCGCCGGCUGGAAGAGCGACUUCGGCGACGGAGCUGAGGGUCUGGCGUGCACGCAGUACUUCCUGCAACACGCCGCCGCCGCCCGGAUGCACUUCCCGGACGGGUGCGGCGCCGGUCGACGAGCGGCCGACGUCCCGAUGGCUGAGUACCGGCGCUCCACGGCGCUGGCGGCGGCGCUGCAGGUCUGCAAGCCGGACGUGGCGCUCCUGCUGCUGAGGCACGGGGCCCGCUUCGCCGCCAACCUGGCCGAGGAGGACCGGCCCGUCCGCGGCGGAGAGAUGCCGCCGCGGCCGCUGGUGGUGAUACCGCAGUGGGGACGGGACGGCGGCGACGCGGCGCUGUGCUUCCGGUACGCGCUACGCGCGGCGCCACUGGCGCUGCCGUACCCGGGCGUGGCGCGCGCGCACCCCGCGUGGUCGGACCACGUGUACAUCACGUGCGAGGGCGGCGACGCGGCCGCGCUGCUGGCCGUGCCGCCGACGCUCAAGCACCUCAGCCGCUGCGCCAUCCGGCUCGCGCUGUGGCGCCAGCACCGGCUGCCAGACGGCGUCUUCCAGCUGCCGCUGCCCGGCUGCCUGCUCAAGUACGUCGACCUCGCCGAGGACUAGCCAGGCGGUGCAUCGCCAGUCCUCACCGUGUCACCAGUGCAUCUACACCUCUGAAACUAAAUACGUAAAGUCAAGUGAAACAAAUAAUCUUCAGUGUCACUCAUCAGCGGCAAUUUCACGGCCGAUAUAACAGCACGGUUUCAUCAUGCCCUUUCCUAACCUAAUGAUUAUUCAGCAGUGAAUAUUUUGAACAAAUUGGCGGUAUUGCCACGGGUAGUCCUCUCCUCCCUCUGGUAGCAAAUUCAUUUAUGGAAGACUUUGAGGAGAGGGCACUUAAUCUACCAGAAUGUAAGCCACAGGUUCUGGCGAUGUUGUUGUUGUGGUCUUCACUCCUGAGACUGGUUCGAAUCAGCUCUCCAUGCUACUCUAUCCAGUGCAAGCUACAUCAUCUCCCAGUACCUACUGCACCCUACAUCCUUCUGGAUCUGUUUGGUGUAUUCAUCUCUUCGUCUCCCUCUACGAUUUUUACCCUCCACGCUGCACUCCAAUGCUAAAUUUGUGAUCCCUUGAUGCCUCAGAAUAUGUCCUACCAACCAGUCCCUUCUUCUUGUCAAGUUGUGCCACAAACUCCUCUUCUCCACAAUUCUAUUCAAUACCUUCUCAUUAGUUAUGUGAUCUACCCAUCUAAUCUUUAGCACCACAUUUCAAAAGCUUUUAUUGUCUUCUUGUCCAAACUAUUUACCGUCCAUGUUUCACUUCCAUACAUGGCUACACUCCAUACAAAUACUUUCAGAAACGACUUCCUGACACUUAAAUCUAUACUCGAUGUUAACAAAUUUCUCUUCUUCAGAAACGCUUUCUUGCCAUUUCCAGUCUACUUUUUAUGUCCUCUCUAUUUUGACCAUCAUCAGUUAUUUUGCUCCUCAAAUAGCAAAACUCCUUUACUACUUUAAAUGCCUCAUUUCCUAAUCUAAUACCCUCAGCAUCACCCGACUUAAUUCGACUAAUUCCAUUAUCCUUGUUUUGCUUUUGUUGAUUUUCAUCUUAUAUCCUCCCUUCAAGACACUAUGCAUUCCGUUCAACUGCUCUUCCAAGUCCUUUGCUGUCUCUGACAGAAUUACAAUGUCAUUGGCACACCUCAAAGUUGUUUCCUUCACUGCAUGGUCAAUAUACAGAUUGAAUAACAUUGGGGAUAGGCUACAACCCUGUCUCACUCCCUUCCCAACCACUGCUUCCCUUUCAUGCCCGUCGACUCUUAUAGCUGCCAUUUGGUUUCUAUACAAAUUGUAAAUAGCCUUUCGCUCCCUGUAUUUUACCCCUGCCAACUUCUGGCGAUAUGUGGAUGAUAGUAUUGUAGUGUGGCCCCACGGUGAAGAACUGCCUUGCUUUUUACACCGUCUGAAUUUAGUCCACGAUAAUACCAUAUUUUCGGAUGGAACUGGAGAAGUGCCGCUGUAAGCCGUUUUUCGACGUUUGGUCAGUAGGCAACUGGGCGGAUCAUUAGGGCAUUCCGUUUACCGUGAGCCCACACGUACAGACCUGUAUUUGCAGGCGUCUAGCUGUUAGCACUCGUCGCAGCUAUGGCCGUCCUUCGAACGCUGGUACACUGUGUGAAAAGGAACUAAAAAAUGUUGUAAUUUCAUCUCAAAGAUGCAAGAAGAAAAUUUGUUCGACUGUCAUACCAGAGGAAUACUCCAAAAAACUUUUUUAUCAUUGAAAGACAAAGGACUAAUUUCGAGAUUCUUUUAUUAUUUCUAGUAUUAACUACCUUUUUGUUUUGAUGUGCUGGCGUAAAGACUUACUGUAUAGUUUCAUGUCUUAAAUGAAGAUGUUAAAUGAUGAAAAA